AAGAGCGCAGCUAAGACGGAACAGACACGCAGUAGACACGCAACAGUCACGGAACACACACGGAACAGAGCGCUCAGAGCGGAGCGACGAUUUUAGCCCAGAAAAACAGCUCCUCCUCGGGCACAAACCACUCCAGCCGCGGUCAUGGAGCUCCGCGCACGGACCCUGCUCCUGGGGGAACUUUUAUUGGCGGCGCUGGUGCUCGCAGUCCACGGAGACCUGUGCGAAGUGAACUUUUGUGCAAAUGGAGGGACCUGCGUCACCUCUGGAUCAGAGGUUUUCUGUAUCUGCCCUGAAGAAUUCACCGGAGACAACUGCACCGAGAGAGAGACAGGUCCGUGCAGUCCAAACCCGUGUUUGAACGAUGGAGAGUGUGAGGUGGUGUCAGAGAAACGAAGAGGAGAUGUGUUCAGCCAGUACCGCUGUGUGUGUCCUCCAGAGACUACAGGAGUGCACUGUGAGACACACAUAAACGAGUGCCAGAAGAACCCCUGUCAGAACGAAGGACAAUGCUCAAACCUAAACGGAGACUUUGCCUGCACCUGCCCCUCCCCCUACGUGGGCAAACGCUGCCACCUGCGCUGUAUCUCUCGUCUGGGUCUGGAGGGAGGAGGUAUUGCAGAGUCUCAGGUGCGGUCUUCCUCAGUGCGGUACACUCUGAUGGGUUUACAGCGCUGGGGCCCAGAACUCGCCCGACUCAACCUCAAAGGGCUUGUCAAUGCGUGGAGUCCUGCCCCUCACGAUCGCUACCCCUGGAUACAGGUGGAUUUGACCCGGAUCAUGAGGAUCUCUGGUCUGGUCUCUCAGGGGGCUGGGCGUCUGGGCUACUCAGAGUUUGUGAAGGCCUUUAAAGUGUCCUACAGCCUCAAUGGGACUGACUUCACCUACUACCAGAGGGACGGGAAAGAUCUGGUGUUCUCUGGGAACAUGGACAAAGACUCUCCUAAGACCACCCUGUUGGACCCUCCUCUCGUGGCUCAGUUCAUUCGGAUUGUUCCUGUAGUUUGUCGUCGAGCCUGUACCCUGCGUCUCGAGAUCAUCGGCUGUGAACUCAACGGUACCUGCUCCUACCUGCUUUUGUCUGCUUCGCUGACUCUGCCCCUUUGGUUGUCUUCUGAUCUUCUUGUAUGUCCAGGUUGCUCGGAGCAGAUGGGGAUGCGUUCUCGUCUGAUCUCGGACUCUCAGAUCUCAGCUUCGUCCUCUUUUAGGACUUGGGGUCUGGACUCUUUCACCUGGAGACCGGAAUACGCUAGACUGGACAAACAGGGAAAAACCAAUGCCUGGACUGCAGCUGUGAAUGAUCAGAACCAGUGGAUACAGGUGGACUUGGGCUCGUCGAAGAAGCUGACCGGGAUCAUCACACAGGGCGCCAAGGACUUCGGGCACAUUCAGUUUGUGACGGCAUUUAAAGUGUCCUGCAGCAACAACGGACAAGACUGGAGCACUGUGCAGGACCACAAGGGCCAGGACAAGAUUUUUCCUGGUAACACUGAUAAUAACGUUCAUAAAACAAACCGGUUUGAUCCUCCUCUGUUUUGUCGCUUUGUUCGAGUUUUGCCCUGGGACUGGCACGGGCGCAUCACCCUGCGAAUGGAGUUGCUCGGCUGCAGCCAGUGACACCUGCUCCUAAAAUACUGCAAAUAUUAAAAACUCAAAUGUAUAAAACAUGUCUACAACGGGUUUAAGUACUAUCAAAGUGUUUAGGGCUGUACAAAAGAAAAAGAUGAGAUGAAAUGUCUGCUGUUUUUCUGUAUAAGUCCAGCUGAUUCUGAUCUGGUUUAGACCUGUUUUAGAUCAGUUGACUCCUAAGAUACUUCACUCAUCUUCUGAAGCAAUUUUAUUUUGAUCACGAAAUAUAUACAAAAAGUAAACGUUUGUCCCACAUUCUAGAUUUCAGAUUUUUUUGGUCAAACUAUCAGGAACAAGAAUCAUAUAAAAACGCGUGACACAUUAUUUAAUUUCAGACAAACUAAAUCUUAGUUAUACUGAGUUUGUGCAGCUCUAAACUGUCGCACAUCAGGGUCUUGCUCAGAGUUUCUGCCUAACGUGUUAAAGACAUUUUCAUUGAUAUUAAAAAUCAUUGUUAAUCAUUAUCGUUGAAGAGGGGGUAUUAUGCUAAAUCAACUUUUUUUGAGCUUUCUACCAUGUUAUGAGGUUCCCUCACCAAAAACAUGCCUUAAGAGGUUUUAGAUGCAUGCAUGUUUGAGUUUUUUAACAAUCUCUCUGAGGCCCUAUUCGAACCCUGCUUACGAUUAACUAUGCGAGACAAGUUUCCACCCAGAAGCCUACGUCAGCCAUUUUCUCACACGACUAUUCUUGACUUAUUGUGCAGUAGUUUGAUUAGCGGCAUGCAUGCUGAUUGUAAAAAGUGAAAGCUAUAAAACAUGUUAAUAUAUUGUUUUGGGUGAAUAUACCAUGUUCAAAGUAAGAGGUAACAUGGUGAUUUAAGCGUUAUGUAUAAGCAAUUAAUACCCCAUAAAAGUAAAAUACCCCCUCUUUUAGAUAUUUGACUCCUUGUGUUAAACCCAGGUCACUCCUUUUGCCCAGAGACUGUUCAACUGUUUUUCUGUGAAGCUUUGAUUUGCACAUGGUUCAGAUUUCUCAUGUUUUUGUGGUUCCAAAGUUUUGUAUUAAAAGUUUGUUUAUAAAAGGGGAGGUGAGUUGGGGGCUUAAAGUAUUAUGGGUGGGGCUAACCAUUAUGGGAUGCUGCAAUAAAAGUGUGAAAUCGAAAUAUUCCAUGUUUGUUUUGUAUUGAAAUAAAAACAUGUUUAAAAUUUCAA